AUGGCAGAAGAGGGACAAGUGAUUGGUUGCCACACUGAGGAGGCCUGGAGUGAACAACUCCAGAAGGGCAACGAUUGCAACAAACUGAUUGUUGUUGAUUUCACCGCUUCAUGGUGUGGACCGUGCCGUUUCAUUGCUCCUUUCCUGGCAGAGUUGGCUAAGAAACUGCCUAAUGUUACCUUCCUCAAGGUGGAUGUGGAUGAGUUGAAGUCGGUUGCUACAGACUGGGCUGUGGAGGCAAUGCCAACUUUCAUGUUUCUGAAAGAAGGGAAAAUUGUGGACAAGGUUGUGGGAGCGAAGAAAGAGGAGCUGCAGCAGAAAAUUGCCAAGCACGUUAGCACUGCUAGUGCCUAA